GCAAAGGUAUCAACAGUCGGUUCAAAGCGUUCCUGCAGCAAACAUCUUAUCAACCCAGAGACCAACCAACCACCAAACAACCAAGCAACAAUGAACUUCUCCAAGAUCUUCAUCUUUGUCGUGCUGGCAGUGCUGCUGCUCUGCAGUCAGACGGAAGCGGGGCGGCUGAAGAAGCUGGGAAAGAAAAUUGAGGGAGUCGGCAAGCGAGUGUUCAAGGCAGCAGAGAAGGCCCUACCGGUGGUGGCAGGCGUUAAGGCGCUCGGUUAGAGCGUCCGCAGGAGGAUGGUUCUAUUCGUGCUUAAGACGACGGCUCUGCUAGGAUGAUAUGGCAGAGAGAGAUAGGGAGAGAGGGAGAGAUGAAACAGUUUUAACAGAUCUGUGGGCAGGGGGGGAAAAGUGAUAACAUUAUAGCAUGUAGUAAACAGAUCUUGACUAGUUCGGCGAAUAAAUUUCACUGCUUAUCUAACUGCAA